UGUGAUGGUCCCCAUGGUGACAAUUUGUGACGGCAAAGAAUGUGGGAACGGGGCGCUGCCGCCUGAUUGGGAUGCUUUGUAUCUGGAGAGGCGCUCCUGAUUGGCCUGAGGGGCCCCCCAGCUCCGGGGACUCGUCCUCCAUUCAGCCCACUCGAGGGCUGCACAACUGCUUCCAGCCGGACACUCGGAGCUCGCGGCCGCGCGGGCCUGGCCCAGCUGCCAGCCACCAGCAGAAACCGCCCUCUUCAUGGAAAGCCCAGUGCAGUGGCCCCCUGGUGAUGGCAUCCGACAGUGAUGUAAAGAUGCUGCUGAACUUUGUGAACUUGGCGUCCAGUGACAUCAAGGCGGCCCUGGACAAGUCCGCGCCCUGCCGCCGCUCUGUAGACCACCGCAAGUACCUGCAGAAGCAGCUCAAACGCUUCUCCCAGAAGUAUUCCCGGCUCCCGCGGGGCCUCCCUGGCAGAGGGGCUGAGCCCCACCUGAAAAGGGGGCCUGAGGACCAGCCCGGGAGGCUGCCCCUCAAUUCUGGCCAUGACUCCAGCCCCAGUGUGGGUGGGGGCUGCAAGGAGAAGUCUCUGGGGAACCCCUAUAGGGAGGAAUGUCUCUCCAAGGAGCAAGCCUUACAGGGGCAGAAUCCAGAAGCUGCCAGGCCUGGCCAGGUGCCCAUGAGGAAGAGACAGCUGCCCGCUUCUUUCUGGGAAGAGCCUCGGCCCACCCACAGCUACCCUGUUGGGCUGGAGGGGGUACUGGGCCCCAGGGAGGGACCUCCCUAUGAGGGUAAGAAACACUGCAAGGGCUUGGAGCCCUUGGGGCCUGAGAUGGCCACAGCGCACACGUCCCCAAGGGUACCGGCUGAAAAGGAGCCCCUCAAGAUGCCUGGGGUCUCCCUGGUGGGUCGUGUCAAUGCCUGGAGCUGCUGCCCCUUCCAGUACCAUGGACAGCCCAUCUACCCAGGCCCUCCAGGGGCCUUGCCUCAGAGCCUGGUCCCCAGCCUGGGCCUAUGGAGGAAAAGCCCAGCUUCUCCUGGGGAGCUGGCCCACUUCUGCAAGGAUGUGGAUGGCCUGGGGCAGAAAGUAUACAGACCUGUGGUUCUGAAGCCAAUCCCCACUAAGCCAGCCAUGCCCCCACCCAUCUUCAACAUCUUUGGCUACCUCUAGCUGGGCUGGGAGGGCCUUGGCAGGAGUGUCGGGGGUCCUGGGGGCUCUCCUUGUGAGGAGUAGACUGGGCAAUGGUGGCUCUGGGGAACCUUCCCUUUGUGUGCGUGGGGAGAGGGCAGGACUGGGACAGGGCCUUCUCAGGCAGUCACGGAGCCUUGGAUGCUGCAGGGCUGGGCCCCGCAGGCCCUUCCCCAGCCAGACCAGAGUCUGACAGGUCCUGCCACCGUCCCUGGGUGGCGGUGGUCUGUCAGCCUCCCCAGAAGCUGGGUUAUACAUCUGUCCAUUUGCCACCCACUGUGGAAGCCAAUCCCAGUUCUGUUCUUCAUGUUCUUUGUAAAUAUUAAGAAGGUUAAAAGAAUAAAGACA